GUGAGCUGAAACCUUUAUUAUUUUAUUUACUUCAAGGGGACUGAGACAAACAAACAGGCAGUAUGCUGAAGACAAAUAUCCCGGCCUUUCAAGGCUCAUAAUGUUGUCCAAAAAUAUUUUAUUUCCUGCUAUUAUUUAUUUUUAUUUCGCGUCUUGUUAACGAUUGCUUUCCUCAGUCUUGUAAUGUUUGUGUUUGCAAUUACACUGUUGUUUUUCAUUAAAAAAAAAACCCCAACAAGCCCGCUUCUUGUGAUGAUGGUUUUGUUAUGUUGAUGUUUUCUUGCUGGGGAUGUCCGCUUCAAAGACCUCUGGCUGCUGUAUGAAAUACAGACAUGAAGAGGUGGCAGACCAGAGGGAUUCUUUUAACCAGUUUAGCUAAAUGCUAGAGCAGCAUCUAUUUAUUUUCUGCAGGACCUGCAUCUACAACAUAGUCCUUUGGAAGAUUAUACAGUCCUCAAAUAAUUGAAGUCACAGGUCCUUUUCGUCUUAUCCUGGGCUUGAUAUUUCAGGCCUAAAGGUACACUCCUUAUUGAAUUUCCAGUCCAUAAAGUAUGCCAACCUGAUGGAAGUAGACCCUGCUUCGAUAUGACACUAAGGCUGUUGGCUGAUCUUUCUUCUGAUUCUGUUGUGGGUUAACCACAUUCAGAUGUGGACUGAAAUCCUCAAGAUAGUUUUCUUUAGGUGCACCAGAAACAUGGAAGGAAGUUGUGUGAUUUUUGCAUCUUGCAUUGCAAUCUGUGUCUGUAGCUCUAUUGCAUCCUCCUUUGGUCUGCUGCGUGUGAAGAAGCAGAGGUGGAGGACAACGUCCGCACCUGGGUUUCUCUUGGGUGGACAGCUGAAAUGUGCUGGUUUGUUGAGCUGGGCAGUCAAACCUCAAAGAGAAGCAAAGUGGAAAACAGCCAAGAAACCUAAAUAUUUGAAUGCUGUUGGGUUAGCAUUGUAACUGUCUUUAAUGUAGGUGGAGACAUACUCUGCUAUGAAGAGUGAGGCCCUUGAUUGCGACAGGUCAGUACUAGCAAGGAUUGUGGUUAAGAGCCACUAUAGGGCAUUAGGGCCUCUAUUAUUUGUAAAUAGCUUCACAUGGAUGCAUUAAUUCAUUAGAUAAUUGGAGAAGGGCUGAGAGACACAUUCUCACAUGGGACUAGUUUAGUAUAUAAAGGGAGUAAAAGGAAUAAUUGGGUUGGUUAAGAGUUUUGUUAAACUAAUGUCUCUUUAGAUGAUAUUUGUGUGUCCCUCUGUGAUUUUCCAUGUGCUUGGGCCUCAUAAGCCACCUGCUGAGAAUAUAGGCCUGACAGACUUCUCUAACUGCCUUUAACCACAAGAGUGAAUUUUAGUCUCAACCUUAUUGGCAACAAGCCUUUUCACAGGCAAAAACUACAAACGGCUAAAUGACAAAAGGACAAUACUUUGCAAACAAGUGUGCGACAGAUGUUUCCGUUCUUCCCGAUCAGAGAUUCUCCAAGCACUUGACACUGCUGUUCCAGCACAGCAGCCACCCCUGGGCUGGAACAUGGCAGCCUGUCACUGGCAGCACAUCUGACCACAGCUGGAGCAGAAGGAUGACUUCAAAGGGGACCAGAGGGGGGAAAAAAGGCAAAACAAAACCAGGGUGGGGCAAAGUGAAGGAGGCUGGAACUGAUUUCCCUGGAAUGGAUGUGGUUCUUCACACCAGGGCUGGACUUUCUUGCUCUCACUUCUUUCGUCCUCCUUCAAAAAAUCAGCCUGAUAAUAAAGGCCCUUCGAUCUAAAAAAGCUGCAAAUCAAAUUCCUGAGGAAAGAUGCGCCUCAUCACUUCCUCUCCUUGGCACUAUGUUCUUGGACGUAUUGAAGGCAGAACCACGCUGCAGCAUCGCGCUAGGGAGACAACCUUCUCGCGCAGCGGAUCCCAGUCCUGGUUCCUGGUGACCCACACAACUGAGGGUUUGUGUUCCAGCCGAGCCCUCGGUUACACAGUCAGACCCUUCAUUGACAAGAAGAAGAUUUCUUGAGACUCUUUAUUUUCCCCAGUUCUUACAAUGGUUGAAGCUCCAGCGUGUUUAAGUGAAAUCAAAUCCCGAACUUGUGAUGAGAAACAAAACACAGAUGUUCAAUUGAAGGAGCAUCUUGGAUCCAGCAAGGCUUCAGUUCUCUAAUGACGGUGGGCUGGAAUGAAAACCAGGAGGUGUGGGGCUCACCAGGACCAGGACCAGGACUGGGAAGCACUGUCCUCAGCACUGUGCUGGUUUGUGUUUUUGGCCAGGCAUCCCAGUCAGUUUUAUUGCCCGGCCAACUCUGCCCAUUGAAAAUGACAAUACCGAUGGGAAAAAAAAAACUUAAAGCAAUUGCUCAGGGCUUCUCUGGCUGAUGAGGGGCUGGUUUUCUUCCCUCCCAGGAAGAAUUACUUCCACCAAAACCACUCGGCAUGCUUAGGGGUCUCCAGUCUCAGUAGCGGUUCAAAUCUUCUAACAGCUCCCAGUUGCUGUUUUAACUGAGGUGUUAAAGGGAGCAAUUGUGUAAUUGUUUUUUAGGUGCUGCUCUGGACUACUGCUAGCACAUCCUGCUCCCCUACCUUUUCCCCGGAGCGUUCACACAUAGGUCAGUGUGAGAUUUCCUCCCACAGGCAGUCUUAUUAGCCCCGAGAGUGAAUGUGUUGCUGGUGGAUCUCGUCGGCACGUUUUCAAAGCUAUAUUUUGUUUUGCUCAGGCAUUGCUGCUGGGCACGUAGUUACAGUAAGUGUCCCCCACACAGGAAAGAAACUUUAUUCCAUCAAACAAAGGGUAUAAAAAUAGAGAGAGGCUAUGAGUAACUUUAACCAGAUUUAGAAAAAGCGGUCUAUUUGGAAGCUGAUGACUACGUUAGGAUGACGAACAAAAACGAAGAGGCACGAAGUGGCAUCUGACAAAAUUAGGGAAGUUAAUUGCAUGUCAUUUGCAGUGUUUUUGUUCCACCGAAUCCAGUAAAACCGUGGUACAGUAAUGUAUGGAAUACGGUGAUAAAGCGCUCAAGUGACAACGAGGUUCCAUUGCAGCAGCUCCACACAAGCGCCCAUUACGCCUGUGCUUUCAGUGUCCCAGUUAACGGCCAUUACCCGUUUCAAAGCUCGUCCCUAGUUACUCAGCCGCACGUUUCAGAGACGUAUUUUAUGACACAUACGCAACGAUACGCUCUGGGUGCCUCUUUUUUUAUAAUUUACCAGUACUGCCAGCGAUGUUUUUCCAAAUAUAUAAACAAGUCCAGGCUUGAAACAACAACACCACCACCUACAAAAACGACUCACAUUCUUGUAGUGCAAAUCAGUCACGUCUAAAGCUACGAAACGGGGUCUGUCCCCUUGCAUCGAUGACAGCAGAGAGAGGCGGUGAAGGGGUUCCUGUCGUCCGAUUGCUGUGAAGGAGAGCGACCGCCCACCGCCAUGGACCAGAAGGACGCUCGGUUGUCUCCGUGAGCGGACGUUAGAGAGCCGAAGACAUGUUGGGACAGAGGGUCGGGGACCACGCUGAUGCUAGAAGUAGUAACCAUGGAAACGGUAUGGAGGACUUUGGCCUGCUUUAUUGCCAUCGUCAUGGUUGCCACAAGAGUCACCCAAAGCCUGACAGCUGAGAAGUUCAAUUCACAAGCCGCCUUCCUGUCCAGCCUGUCGGACUACGAGAUUGCGAUCCCGGUGCGCGUGGGGCCGUGGGGUGAGGCCCUGAGCGAGCAGCGGGUGGGCUCGGCGGAGGAGGGGGGGCGGCGGGGCCGGCGGCGGCGGCGCAGCCUUGACGCGGAGCCCGCAGACAGGCCGCUCUUCUACCGGCUGUCGGCCGGCCGCACCAGCCUCCUGCUGAACCUGACGCUGCACUCCAGCCUGCUGUCGGAGCGCUUCAGCGUGGAGUACUGGAGGAGGGGCCGGCUGGCCUGGAGCCAGGCCUUCUCCCCUAACUGCCACUACAUCGGGCACCUCCAGCACCAGCAGGACUCCAGCGCCGUGGCCCUCAGCAACUGCAACGGCCUGCAGGGGGUGAUAGUGACCGGUGAUGAGGAAUACUUUAUUGAGCCUCUGGUCUUGGCCGAAAAUCUGACCAGUUUCGAGGAGAGAGAGGGGCGCCCCCAUGUGGUGUACAAGAGAUCCUCGCUUAGACACCAGUACAUGGACCAGUCCUGUGGAGUCAUUGACGAGAAGCCGGGCAAGGGGUUGCCCUGGUGGUUGCGCCACCUGAAGCCCUCGCCCCACCAGAUGCCCCGAGGGCAGUGGCCCCUGAAGCGCUCGGUCAGCAGGGAGCGCUACGUGGAGACACUGGUGGUGGCGGACAAGAUGAUGGUGGGCUACCACGGCCGCAGGGACAUCGAGCAGUACAUCCUGGCCGUCAUGAAUAUUGUUGCCAAACUGUUCCAGGAUUCUAGCCUAGGGAAUGCAGUGAACAUCGUGGUGACCAGACUCAUCCUGCUCACAGAGGACCAGCCAAUGUUAGAAAUCAACCACCAUGCAGGCAAAUCCCUGGACAGCUUCUGCAAGUGGCAGAAGUCCAUUCUAAACCGCAAUGGAAGUGGCAACUCCAUCCCAGACAAUGGCAUUGCUCACCAUGACAACGCAGUGCUCAUCACAAGACAUGACAUUUGCAUCUACAAGAACAAGCCAUGUGGAACGCUAGGUCUGGCCCCAGUCGGAGGAAUGUGUGAACCUGAGAGGAGCUGCAGCAUCAAUGAAGACAUCGGUUUGGCAACCGCCUUCACCAUUGCUCAUGAGAUUGGACACACGUUCGGCAUGAACCACGACGGCGUGGGCAACACCUGCGGCCCCCGCAGCCAGGAGACCGCCAAGCUGAUGGCCGCCCACAUCACCAUGAAAACCAACCCCUUCAUCUGGUCCGCCUGCAGCCGGGACUACAUCACCAACUUCCUCGACUCCGGCCUGGGGUCGUGCCUGAACAACGUGCCCCCGAAGCAGGAGUUCGCGUACCCCACCACCACCCCCGGCCAGGCGUACGACGCCGACGAGCAGUGCCGCUUCCAGUACGGGGUCAAGUCUCGCCAGUGUAAAUACGGGGAGGUGUGCAGUGAGCUGUGGUGCAUGAGCAAGAGCAACCGGUGCAUCACCAGCAGCAUCCCUGCGGCAGAGGGAACCAUCUGUCAGAGCAACACCAUUGACAGAGGGUGGUGCUAUAAAAGGGAGUGUGUGCCUUUCGGGACCCGCCCAGAGGGCGUCAAUGGUGGGUGGGGCCUCUGGUCGCCAUGGGAAGAAUGCAGUCGCACAUGUGGGGGCGGAGUCUCCUCGUCUGUCCGUCACUGUGACAGCCCGAGGCCAACCAUCGGUGGAAAGUACUGUCUGGGAGAGAGGAAACGGUUCAGAUCCUGCAAUAUUGAUGAGUGCCCUGCUGGCUCCCAGGACUUCAGGGAGCGCCAGUGUGCAGAUUUCGACAGCGUGCCUUUCAGAGGAAAGUUUUACACCUGGAAACCAUACCGGGGAGGGGGCGUGAAGUCCUGCUCCCUGAACUGCCUGGCUGAGGGCUACAACUUCUACACGGAGCGCGCCCCGGCUGUCGUGGACGGCACGCCCUGCCGCGAGGACUCGCUGGACGUCUGCGUCAACGGCGAGUGCAAGCACGUGGGCUGCGACCGCAUUCUGGGCUCGGACACCAAGGAGGACCGCUGCCGGAUCUGCGGGGGCGACGGCAGCCGCUGUGAGGUCGUAGAGGGCGUCUUCAACGACUCCCUGCCGGAAGGAGGUUAUGAAGAAGUGGUGCGGAUUCCAAAAGGAUCAGUUCAUAUCCUUAUUCAGGAGCUCAAUGUUUCUCUCAACUAUCUGGUGCUCAAGAACAAGGGGGACCAGUAUUUCCUCAACGGGAAGCUGACCAUUGACACCCCGCGGACGUUCGACGUCGCUGGGACCACCUUCCACUACCGCCGCCCUGCGGACGAGCCCGAGACCCUGGAGGCGCUGGGUCCCACCAACACCUCCCUCGUCGUCAUGGUUCUGGUCCGAGAGGAGAACCCGGGAAUCCGGUACCGCUUCAACCCCCCGGUGAGCCGCGACAAACCCCCCAACACCGAGCCCUGCAACAACCACACCUGCCCUCCGGAGUGGCUGGCUCUCGACUGGUCCGAGCAGGGUCAUCAUUUUCCAAGAAAUCAGUUUGAUCCUUUCAGGUCUGUGUGCGAUCUUGUACACAGAUGCCACCCUCCUCUGGGCAUGUUCCUGGAGCACAAGCGCUGUCAGCCGCCCCAGGCCUGCAGCACGAACCUCCUUCCCACUCAGUUUGUCUGCCUCUCCCCAGGGGCUCAGAUCCAGCAGGUGGUGUGCAAGAGGCAGGCCGAUCACUCGGUGGUGUUCAACCACUACUGUGACAAGAAGAGCAAGCCCAAAGACAAGCAGCGGGCCUGCAACACCGAGCCCUGCGCGCCCGCUCUGCCUUGCGCCCGUUGCUUGGCAUUUACGGAGUUGACCCAUAAUUCAUCGUGUUCCUUCCUCUUCCAGUGCUCAGCCAAGUGUGGCCUGGGGCAGGAGCUGCGGUCCGUCCAGUGCCUGACCCACACUGGUCAGCUGUCCACCGAGUGCCCCGAAGCCCAGCGUCCGGCUGCCAUGCAGCAGUGUGAGAGCAAGUGUGAGGUCGGCCCGACGGACAGCCCUGAAGAGUGCAAAGAUGUGAACACAGUGGCGUACUGCCCCCUGGUGCUCAGGUUCAAGUUCUGCAGCAGGCCGUACUUCAGGCAGAUGUGCUGUAAGACCUGCCAAGGACACUAACCCCCCCCCCGCGCUCUAGCUGCAGCGGGGGGGCCGGCGGGGCCGGGAGCAGGGAGAGCCCCCACUCUGCUCACGCGGGCGCUGAAACGGCCUGACGCAGCGCUCUCUCCAGCUCGGCGGCGACCUGCUGGGGGGCCGUGCUUCGGGAAAAGCGGCGGACGAUGACCAGAGGACUGUCCGGCAGCUUGCUACGUCAGUCGUUUUUUAGUGCCAGUGCUCGUGGGAGCCCUGACCAGCUCCGGUCCCACUUGAAUUGUUUGGUAGGACCUUGUGCGCUCUUCCUUUUGAUUCAUCUGCAAGUUCAAAAGGGAAACAGGGCAAAACCUAGUAUGACUUUGGUCCCCUCUAAUCUAUAGAUGCAUAACGUGUCUUUUUGAAAUCUGUAGGAAUUGCCAACAGCAGUCACCCAGUGGCUCUUGGAUAAAUCAGUUCUGUAGAAGCACAUGUUUUGUCGUUUGGGCUCAAUGAUUUAAGUGCCUAUUCUGGCAGCAGGGGGCGUGGUGAUUCUGCCUCCUGGGUACUGGGUUUGAUUCCGGCUUGGGCGCAUGUGCACCCUGUGUCAUUGUAGAGUUCGUCCCAGAGUCCAGAGGCGCGCUGUCCAGGUGAACUGGGAUCUCUGAAUUACCCCCUGCAUGCGUGUCCUGCAAAGACCAGCACGCCGUCCACUGUGUUGUCCCGCCUGAUGGACUGUGCCUGUCAGGAUAGACCGCAGCUCACUGCAACACUCUUAAGGAUACAAUAAAUUGAUUGCUGUGGUUUCCCUAGGAACUCCAUUGACCUAGCUACUGGGAAAUUUCUGCACACGGUCUGACCUUUAUAUGGAUUCUAAUAAGGGCUGUACUGUAACUAAACUUUGUUUUUAUAAGCCCUUGUUCCCAGUACAGAAAAGAAUGGAAAGGCGGCAUCUCUUUUAGAGUAAAUGAAUGCGUCUCCAGUCACAAAAUGUUAAUUGAAUGCAAAGCAGUGUGUUAGCCUCGGUGUAAAAACGCUAGAUAUUACUGUCAGUCAGUUGUCUAAGAAUAAAAAAAGCUCGGUUAUCCAGUCUGGUAAUAGUAGCUUUUUUUGAGCUAUGACCUUAUUUUCAAAUAUCUAAUAUGCAUGUUUUUUAGCAUCCUGUGUUUAAGCAUUUAGCCCCACCACCCCCUUACAAAUUCAGAGGUUGCACUAUCAGAUGGGAUCGUUAAUUAGUCAGAUCCGAGGCUCUGACACCUGACUGCUCUGUUUUGUGACUGAAGUGGCUUCCGCUUUCCCGCUGUAAAAACAAUCACAAUCAUCUCAUUUGCCUUGGUGUGUUGGAAUGGUGCUAUUUUUUUUGUUUAGUGUUAUUAAAGAAAGUCAGUAGUUUUCUUGGGAACAUGUAGAAGACGCUCACACUAUCCUAACCUCUUCCUGGUAUUUUUUUAUAUUUGUAGAAAGAAAAGAAGCCAGUGAGAAACAGAUUUCGUUGCACUAGCGCUGACUGGGCCUGACUGGUUGCCUUUAGUAUUCAGCACAUUGUUAAUAUGAGUGUUUGAAGUUAAAGCUGAAUUGUUUUGUGAAUGAAAGUACCAGGUGCCAGCAGUUGGAUCACUUGUACUGCGGCUCUUUUUAUUUCCAUCAGCACUGGAGCGCCGAGUCGUACAGCUGCAAAUCCUACCAUCACCAGACAAAGCUCCUCACAGCGUGUGCGACAGCAGCAUGCCAGGUCCUGACAUCAAGACCUGACUUCUUGAACGUCUGUGACAUUUGUUUGUCUUUUCUGGUUUUUUUCCCAUCUGCUCCUGACUCCUUGCAGACGUGUAGCAUUUGGAUCAUUCGGCCAAAUGCAUUUGAAACUGUACCUCAGGCCCGCAGGUGAGGUUUCAUCUUCACACAAAAUUCAAAUUAAAGUGUGUAUUAGCUCUUUGAUCCUUAUCAGUCUAUACGUGAGCUAUAAAAGUUAUUAAAUGCAUCAGUUAUCUGUUAUUUAUCAACAACUAUUUACACAUAAAUGGAAAAGUGGCAAAAUACACCUUUUGUCCUCUCCCUAACCUCAUAACGAUGGAUUUCUCAAACAUCUUCUCUUCUGGAGAAAAAGAUAAGCGAACUAUACAUAUAUUGUUUAACUUUAGAGAUUCGCGUUCAGUUUGCAUAUUAAUUAGCUGAAUGUCCCAGUGGGUGAAGGGCUUUGAUUCUCAUAGAAGACUUGAACAUGGGAGCCUGUAGCUUUUGAUUUGUUUUGACGGGCUUGUGGGCUUCAGACCGAACGAGUCAUCAAUGAUUGGUCUUUUCUUAGUCGAACAUGAUGUUUGCAACUAAGAGAAAAGGUUAUUUGGGAGGUUUCUAAAACACAUUUUUCAGCUCUUGAACAAACACGAGCCCACGUGGUUUUGAGCACAUUUACCCAGACUGUAGCUUUUGUUGGCACCUCCCAAUGUUGAAGCCAUCAAACUAAAGCUCUUGGAAAGAUUCAAUAUUAAACGGAGAUAAUUAAAAUAAUUCAGACUAAACACCACCAGAAACCUCAUGUCGACGACUGCACACUGGAGUCUGGGCAGCUUUCAUGUCCAAAUAACCUUUUCUUUCAUUGCAUUUAACAACACUUGUUUUUCUGCAUAUCUUACUUCUUCAAUCCCUUCCCCGCUGAAAGUGUCUUUCCCUUCAAGCCAUGGGGCGUGUAUGUUAACUCCGGCAAAUUCCCCCGGUCUUAUGUACACAACUGAGAUAAAUAAAAAAUGGUGCAUUGUAAAUGUG